AUGUCAGAAAAACAACAAAAUGAUAUAGAAUGGGUUAGUCCUAUCCCUCUAGUUCCAACAGAUGAAAUGCUAAAAGAUCCAUCAUUUGAACCUCUUGACCCUGCUGCUUAUCUUCAUACACUUCAUCAACAAACAACAUGUUGUGCAAGUGCACUUGAUGAUUAUAUUGCAAAGAUACAAGUAUUUCUUCAAAACUGCUCUGAUGCUACUUCAAAAUCAACUGAAAUUCAUAAAGCAAGUACAAAUCAAGUUCUUUUAUCAGUAUUAGAUUAUUCAGAUUCUGUUGAUCAAUUAUUAAACCGAUUUAGUCAAAUUGAACAAUCAGUAGCUGGUCUUGCUGAAUUAAAUGCUGAAGUGUUUGUUAUUUAA